UAGUUUUUUUUAUCUUUAGUUUUUUUUCUUUCGCCUUUUGCGAUUUAGCUUUAGUUUUCAAGAUUUGUGUGUGUGUGUGUGUGUGUGUGAGAGAGAGAGAGAGAGAGAGAGAGAGAGAGAGAGAGACUAGCUAAGUGCAAGAACGGUUGAAUUGAUUUCGCAGAACCAAGGUGAGUGCAAGAACUCCAAAACGUCAACUACCAUACGUACCUACCCAACUCCUCACCUUGAUUUCCCUGCAAAUUUUCUCUCUCUUCGGUUCCCUAUCGUCGAAGAAACAUCUUUUCAUCUGAUUCCCUUACAGAUCAUCUAAAUCACACCCCUUUUUCAAUCAAUUCUCCCAAUUUCUGCACUUGGGUCAAUCCCCAGUUUUUCUGGGUAUCAUUAAUUUCUCUCGUUUCACCCCUAAUCUCAUCACUCUCUUCCCCCAAAAGAAAAGCGAAAUUCAACCAAUUUCAGUCAUUAGUUCUUCGUGGGUUUGUUGAUUUUGGGAUAUUUAAGUCAAAUUUUCGAACUGUGUGUUUGAAAAUUUGGGAAAUUUCUUGUUAAUUUGGCGGGGUUAGGUUUGUUUGAAGGAGAUGGAUACGAGCAGAAGAGCAGUGGAAUCAUACUGGAGGUCUCGGAUGAUCGAUGCAGCCACUUCUGAUGAAGAUAAGGUCACACCUGUAUACAAAUUGGAAGAGAUUUGUGAGCUUCUAAGAUCUUCUCCUUCUGGAAUAGUCAAAGAAGUUUCUGAAUUUUUGUUAAAAAGGCUUGAUCAUAAGAACCCUAUUGUUAAACAGAAGGCUUUAAGGCUCAUAAAGUAUUCAGUUGGGAAGUCAGGUGCAGAAUUUAGGAGAGAAAUGCAAAGGCAUUCAGUAGCUGUGAAGCAGCUACUUCAUUAUAAGGGGAAACCUGAUCCUUUUAAGGGGGAUGCUUUGAAUAAAGCUGUUAGAGAAACAGCUCAAGAUGCACUUUCAGCUAUAUUUUCAACAGAUGAAAGCAAACCAGCUGCAACUGAGGUAACUCAUAAGAGGAUGGAAGGUUUUGGGAAUACAAAUUAUGUGAUGCCAUCUGAAGAGAAGAAGUCAUUUAUUAGUGAGGUAGUUGGUCUUGGAAGUGCUUCCUUAAAACAAGGGUUGAACACUUUGGCUCAAGCACAUACACAGUCAUUCAAAAAGAACGAUACUGGUAGUUACAGGGGUCCGACAUUGAAUCGAUCAUUGACCCAUGAAUCGAACCAGUCAGAUAGGUAUGAUAAGAUGAGUUAUCAUGGCGGUGGUGGUCAAACUCAAAGUAGUUCGUCUAAUCCGAGGAAUGUGGUGUCUGGAUCCUGGGGACAAGAUUCUAGACCAGCUACUGCGGAAGCAACAAAUGUAGAUUCUAAUUCAAGUUAUGGCGAGAGUAAGACGCAGGAAGAGAGGUUUCUUGAGACGAUUGUGACAUCUGGUGGUGUGCGGCUGCAGCCAACGCGAGAUGCUUUACACGCUUUCUUGGUGGAGGCCUCUAAGAUGGAUGAGUUGGCUUUAAGUCGAGCAAUUGGAUCAAAGCUUCAGUCUCCUAAUUGGCAGGUUCGGACGAAAGCAGUUUGUGUCCUUGAAGCAAUUUUGAGAAAAAAUGAUGAUGAGCAUUUUGCUAUUGUGGCUUCUUACUUUACUGAACACGUAGAUUUGGUUAUCAAAUGUUCCGAGUCUCCUCAAUCUUCAUUGAGAGAGAAGGCAAACAGAGUCUUAAGUCUCAUAGGUGGAAAUUCUUCGGAACAGCCUACAAAAGUUGACAGAACAGUGGUUGAGAUGCCAGACCUGAUAGAUACAGGAUAUGGUGAUUUGCUUGGAGAAGAACCCAACGAAAGCCAGAAUGAGCAAGAAGUUGUUGCGAGCAAGCCAUUGUCAUCCUCUCUCUUAAUUGAUGAUUUAUUUGGGGAUGGUACAGGCAUUGAUCUGAGUAAGAGUGAACUAAAAACUGAUGAUGACCCAUUUGCUGACGUCUCUUUCCAUACGGGUGAAGAUAAAGACCAGGGAAGUGACCUCUUUGCUGGGAUGACUGUUGGAGAAACUUCUACUACUGUUGAAGCGCCAAGUUUCGGCGGCGGCCCUGAUCCUUUUGAUAUAUUUGGGUCCUCAGAACCUCUGACGACGCAAGGGAAUCAGACGAACAAUGUUAACAACCUAAUGGCGGACUUAUCCGUUAGUGGAAAUGGCUCAGUGAUAAAUGAGAAAACAUUUGCAGAAUCAAUAUUUUCAAACUCGAAUCCUGCUCCCCAAAAGUUAAAUGAUACUCUUAGCAGUGGUUUUGAUCCUCAGAAAGCUACCACUAGUGCAAAUGCCUUUCCUAUGGGAUCUGUUCCAUACAGUAUGCCUCCUGGAAUGUUGUAUAAUCAGUUUUAUCCUGCAACCCAAGUUAAUUAUGGUGCCAUGAAUGGGUACCUUGCUCAGCAGCAGUUCAUGGCAGCUAUGGCCAAUUUACAGUCUAUAGGCAACAUGAAUCCCAAUAAUCUUGCUGGUGGUAAUGCUGCUGGAACUUUCGCAGCAGAUGUUUCCGCUCUACCUGAUAUAUUCAAUGCAAACAUGCCUGGUCAAGCAUCUACUGUUACAAUGAAUGCACCGAAAGAAGAGACAAAAGCUUUCGACUUUAUCACGGAUCAUUUGACUCAAGCUCGAGAUCCCAAGAGGGUAAUUUAGUUCUGCUGAUUCAAACGGAAGACUUUUGGUUGAUUAAUUCAGGCAAAACCCUAAAUUUUUUCGCAAUAAAGUGAGAUGAAGUUGAUAUUGUCAAGAAUUUCCAGAGACAUGUUGUAGUCAUAAUAAGAACACAACAAUCUUAAAAGCGCCAAGGUUGGGUUUGUGCAGAAUUUGUAAGUUUAGGAAAAAGGGAUGAAGAGGGUGUGUUGUGCAGGUAGCUAUUUUUCUUUGUUGGUGGAACUUUUUUGAUGUUAGUUUAUAAGUUACUCCAAUAUACUUGUUUUUAUUAUUUUAGGCAAAAUUGUCAAAAAGUACCUUCUUUUUGCCUCACUUUGUGAGCUAGUACCUUAUGUUUUUAGUUA